AUGAAUUUAUCAGGAGCAGCAGAGCAGUUAGUAUUGAAAGCAGCAUUAGUAUUGGUGACAUCAGUAUUAGACCCAAAAUUUUUAUCAAGAGCAACAGGAUUAGAUCCAGAAUAUAAAACAGCAUCAGAUACAAAAUAUGUAUCGGGAGUAUCAGAGGUAGCAGCAUCAGACACAAAAUGUGAAUCAGAGUUAGUAGCACUAAACAAAAAUAUAUAUUGA